AUGCAGAAUGCAAGAAACGAGCUCAUUUUUAAAGGAAAGGAAAUUAACCCUCAGGACACGGUAAGAAAAGCUUUGGAGGAUGCUGAUGAGUGGAAACAUAGAAAGCAGAAGGAAGACGUAGAAGGAACGCUCCCUGUAUCAAGAUCAAUAAUAGAUCAGAAAUGGAGACCCCCGUCUGAAGACUGGGUGAAGUGUAACACUGAUGGUGCUUGGAAUGGGGUGGAGAAUCAAAGUGGCACGGGAUGGGUACUCAGAGAUAAGGAGGGAUCAGUCAAAUGGAUAGGAGCACAAGCCAUUCGCAGAGCUAAAUCUGCUAUAGAGGUCGAAUUGGAGGCAAUUAGAAGGGCACUUGUCAUGCUGUCUCGCCUGAACUAUGAUCGCAUCAUCGUCGAAUCAGACUCCUUAGGCGCAGUUAACUUGCUAAAUAAUGAGGAAAUCUGGCCGGUUUUUGCUCCAAUGCUCCAAGACAUCCAUGAUUUUUUCCGUUAG